AUGCCUUUCUUCGCAUUCGCUAAGAAUCCGGGGGCUGUCUUUCUCUUCUACCGAGCAGCAGGACUCCCAAUCGGGCCAUACGUGACGACGGCAGCCGCGGCGGCGGUGGCCAUGGCUGCAGGGGGAGGACAAGGAGGAAGCGGAGACUAUCCGGGAGGAGUCAAGAUGGAAGCCGGUGGGAGCGGGGCUAGUGGGUUUUGUCCAGCGCCUGCCUUCCUCGAUCCAGCUGCCAUGGAAACACUUAAGUAUCCCUGCACCUUCGACUACUCUAGAUGAUUUGCCUGUCUCGGUCUGUUUGUAUGGAAUGCACGAGAAAGACGGACGAAGGAAUAUCUAAAGGUGUCGUAUUACUAUAUUUUACAUGAAGUGAGGAAGGAAAGCGGGGACGAUCACAUCUCGCGGGAUGAGAAGAGGGCCCGAUCCAUGAAAAUUCCUAUCUCCAUCGAGGAUAUCAUCAACCUCCCCAUGGAUGAGUUCAACGAGAGGCUGUCCAAGUACGACCUGACCGAGGCGCAGCUCUCGCUCAUCCGUGACAUCCGGCGGAGAGGCAAGAACAAGGUGAGCCUGAUCCCUUCCGGUUUCUGUCAAGCGUGGAUGGAGCACUCGCGACCGAACGGUCUUCUCGCGCAGGUGGCUGCCCAGAACUGUCGAAAGCGUAAGUUGGAUCAGAUCAUGUCCUUGGCAGAGGAGGUGAAACAGCUCCAGACGAAGAGAGAACGUCUCACGCAGGAUCGGGAUUUCCUCUCAUCUCAGAGGCAUCGUCUCGGGGAACAGUAUUCUCUCCUCUAUCGUCACGUCUUCCAGGUUCGUCAUUGCAUCCUUCGAUCGCCGUUCGCGCCCUGGUGUUUUAAUGCCAACAUCCGUGCAGAACGUCCUUCGGCGGUUUAA